CAGACACAGAACGGGUAAGAAUGGCCGGCGAGUACAAUUUGGACUCGUGGAUUUGUGAUAAAGCGUGAAUUUUGCAGAGGUGGCAACUUUGUUGUCCUGUCAGCUCACUGCUCUGAUAUGAGAAACAGCUUUGCUGCUUUUCUGUUACCAGCAGGAAGGAAAGGAUUAUUUCGCUGCUCCGAAAGACUCGUCCAAAGAUGUGAAGAAAACUCGUGAGCUGUGGACGGUAUGAUUCUCAACUGUUCUGUGUCAACAGAAAAAUGGCGAUAAGUGGUGGAUUUCCAGCUAAUCACAUCUCCGAUCAUUACCGGAGGUUUUUUUCAUGCUGCAUUCGCCCAUCGCUUUACAUCCGCGGAUUAGCUCUCAACUCCAUGUCAAGGUAGAGACCCAACCGUUUUCUUACCAACGGAACCGUCGUUUUUACGAAAACGACAUCAUCUCAGCUGUGCCGUUAGACCUAGGCCACAGAAAAAGAAUUGCUUUUACAAUGCAAACGCUUUUCUCCUGAUAAAGAUGAUUUACGUCUGCCUUCCUUUUUAGAGCUAGCCUACUGUACUUCUGUUCUGGGACGAAAGUGUCUUUCACUUCACCCAACACCCCAUAUCUCUUAAAACCGUGGCUCUAAAAAGUUUCUUUAAUCUUAACCACAGGCUUCUAUUACCUGAAACUUUAUUUACCAUCUUUAGCUCCUGGUUUUCACCACAGACAUGCAGAGAGCUCGCUAACCCUCAAACCAUCAGUCAGGCUACUUGUUGCUACAUUCUGAAGUUAUGAGAAAGCAGAGUGUGAGGCUCCAGUGACUUAAGCCUCCAGAGUUUAAAUGGAACAUUAAAUAUAAAAACUGAUUGACUAAAAUAUUUGACUCUUCUUUCUAGGUGGCUUUAACCUUUAUAACCUGAAUACCUCACUGACUGUAGUUGAGAAAACAUGACAUCCCUUUAAAAGCAUAAGGCAUUUGUUUUCUUUAGAACUGGAAGUAGUAAGCAGUGGACUGACUUCACGUCAGGCUACAUACUAUGACUUUAAGAAGAUGAAGAUGGCUUAUUUCAAAUGAGACAGCUGCUGUGUAGUUUAAAUACUGUGGAAGAAAGCUGUUGAUCAGUGGAGAGCAUGUCACUGGGGGAGCUGAUAGAGCUAAAGGAACUUACACUGGAGGACCAAAUAGAACUGAUGCCUCCUGCAUCAUCUCGGACCCCUCGUUUGGAGAGGGUCAAUGCUUUGAGGAUAAGCCCAGGGAAAGUUCCUGAGUUUUUUAGCCGGGUCAGUAUCAUCAGGCUACUGGGGGACUCUGUGAAAGACCCACGGUUGGUGGAGGAGACCGGAGAAGGCCAUAACUUCCAGCCCUGUAGCCAUACCCAACCUACAUGGUGUGACCUGUGUGGAGACUUCAUCUGGGGGCUCUACAGACAAAGCCUGCGCUGUACCAACUGUAGGUUUACCUGCCAUUACCGCUGUAGAGCUCUCAUAAAAUUGGACUGCAAUCAGGAUCAAAGCUCCACCACUGAUCAGUCUGAUGAUGGCCAGGACAGCAUUGAAACUGACACCAAUGUGGAUGAGGUGACUGAAAGUAAGAAACAAGAGUUGUCACUUUCAGACAUUCAGCAGAAAGUCAAGGAAUAUAAUGCUCAGAUUAACAGCAACCUCUUCAUGUCUUUGAACAAAGAUGGCACCUACACUGGUUUCAUCAAAGUUCAUUUGAAGCUGGUCCGUCCAGUGUCUGUCCCACCUCCACGCAAAGGCACUGCAUCCCAGGGGCCGGCCAAUGGAAAGAAGGGUGCAUCAAUAAAGAGACGCACGUCCUUCUAUCUUCCAAAGGACACAUCCAAACAUCUUCACAUCAGCUCUCGAACCCGUGCUAAGGAAGUGAUCCAAGCCCUGCUCAAGAAGUUCACCGUCAUUGACAAUCCUGCCAAGUUUGCACUGUUCGAGCGAACUGAGCGUCAUGAGCAAGUGUACCUGCGGAAGCUGUCUGAUGACGAGUGUCCGCUAUACUUGCGCCUGUGUGCUGGUCCCAAUGAGAAAGUGCUGAGCCUGGUGCUGAAAGAGAAUGAGACUGGAGAGGUCAAUUGGGAUGCGUUCUCAAUGCCUGAGCUGCAGAACUUCUUGCGCAUUCUGAAGCGAGAGGAAGAGGAGCAUGUGAAGCAGAUCAUGCAGCGCUACACUCUCGCUCGCGAACGUAUUCGAGAGGCCCUGGUCGGCUCCAACCCUGGUUGAGAUCUGCCCUGAGCCUGCACUACUGACGUGUGGCCACUAGGGUGUCUCAGUCUCCGCUGCGUCCAAAGAUCCCUAAGGACUGGCAUCGGUGUGAUGACAAGGAGUGAGAGUGAACAAACGAACGAGUGCGAACGAGUGUGUCAGCGCGAAGCGGCAAGCAGAUGUGUGUACAUGGAGAGAGAAUGAGCUGCGACUGAGAGCGCGCGAACUGGGAAAUGGACGAGUGAAAAUAGAACAGACUUGUGAAUGAUGUGUGAUUGAACGAGUGAGAGUAGAGAGUCUUGCAGAAGGAGCGUUUCUUUUUGUGUGGAGUGAGAACAGGGCUCGUUACCUGUGGAACUUUAGAGUUGCUGUUGUCUUUUUGGUUAGUUCAUGCUAGGUUUUCAUUAAAACUCUGUUUAUUUUGGUUUUCAGGGUUUGCUUUUGGAACUCUGAACGCAACCAAACUAGAAAUGAGGUUCUUAAUUCAUGUUUAGGAUCAUUUCCACAUUGAUAUCUUUCACACGUGCACACAAACACAGACACAUACACUUUUUUACUUGGCCUCUUGUUACUUAUCUGCAGUCAUUUUGUCUAUUGUAUGUCUUUGUAUGUGUCAUUUCUUUGUCUACUCAAAGCUUCUUACAUUUCCUCUUAUGCACAAUAAUGUCUCUGGGGAAAAUAUCUGUUUGCACAAUAAAUUAAUUUUUUUUUCUUUUAA